AUGGCUUCAAUAGAUUCAUACCUUCCCAAGCCUAAAAACAAAUCUCAAAAUGCCGAUCAAUUAAAUUCAUCUUCUAAUAUAACGAUUGUUUCUAAACUCAAUAACGAACAACGCGAACUCUUUGCACAAACCUAUUCAAUCCCCUCAUAUGGCCACCGAACGGAGUUUCGUACAGCUAAUGGUAAAAAGUGGCGACCUCAAUCAGUUGAAGAUUAUGGGGAUGGAGGAGCAUAUCCUGAAAUUCCUGUUGCCCAAUAUCCUCGUAAUAUGGGUCAACCCAAGGACCGUAACGCCACUAGCAAACAAAAUAAAACACUUGCGCUUACAGUUAAUUCAGAAGGAAAUAUUGAUUAUUCUUCUAUUGCAAAAAACGGGCAUUCAAAAUCUCGCAUUGUCCAGUCGUCUUAUUCUGAUUUAAUUCCUUUACGCCAACGAGUACAAAAUGGAGAAGUGUCUCUUGACCAACCCGACCAAGACACUGUACGCGAAACAACCGAAAAAACACAACUUGCGCUUCAAAAAAUUUUAGAUAGCAAGAUCUCUGCUGAAAAGCCCAAGACAUCGGUUGUUGCUGGCUCUUCAACUAAUUCUAAUGCGACUUAUGUUAGAUAUACACCUUCUAGUAUGAUGGGAGAAUCGGGCGGCAAAUCUAAGCAACGUAUUAUAAAACUAGUUGAUGUGCAAAAUGAUCCCUUGGCUCCACCAAAAUUUAAACAUACUAAAGUUGUAGCAAGGCCUCCAUCUCCUCCUCCUCCAGUUUUACGCUCACCCCCAAGAAAAGUUACGGCAGAAGAUCAGAAAAAUUGGUAUAUUCCCCCAAGUGUUUCUAAUUGGAAAAACCCUAAAGGUUUCACUAUUGCUAUUGAUAAACGCAUGGCAUCUGAUGGAAGAAAUAUACAAACGUCAACCCUGAGUGAUAAUUUUGCAAAGCUUUCUGAAGCUUUAGCUGUUGCCGACAACAAAAUGAGAGUGGAAGUUAGUCAACGCAAUGCCAUGAAGAAAAAGCUACAAGAAAAGGAGGAAUUUGAAAGAGACGAGAGGUUGAGACAAUUAGCACAUAGAGCCAAGGCUGAACGUGACCAGACUAUUUCAAAUAAGGGUAGGAAUCAACGAAAAAGAGAUGAUUCAGAUACUAGCGACGAAAGUGAUAAUGAAAAAGAAAGAAGACGAACUCCUUCACCUACUCUACGCAAAGAGAUGCAUACGACAAGAAAAAAUUCAUAUAAUGAACGGUCACGUUCUCCUUCUGAGUCUCCUCGAUCGAAAUCGCAAAGUCCUUAUAGAAGAUAUGAACGUUCUGAAAGACAAAGGCAUACCCGAAGAGAUAAACGUGAUAGUUCAGAUGAAGAGAGUGGAUACAGUAAUGAAGAAGAUGAUAGACAUUACAGAGGAAGAUCGUACCAAAGAAGAUCUUCGGAAUCACAAUCCCGUUCACGUUCUAGAUCUAGAACUCCUGAAAGUGAUGCAGAAUCUAACCGUUAUCAUAAAUCUCGUACAAAGAGAAGGUACUCAGAUAGUGAUCAAAGCAAUGAUGAAGAGCCAAACUUUCGACAACGAGAAUUUGAGUCGAAGAAAUCUAGAAGAGAAAGCAAUUUUGAAAUGCCUGAUGAACGUCGUCGCAGAAUUAUUAGAGAAGAAAAACUUGAAGAUGAGAAGCGCAAAAUGCGUAUGUCUCGUAUGGGCACGGAACGACGUAUUAAAUCUAUGAUAAGCGACAAGGAUAGAGAUAUUUCUGAAAGAGUUGCUUUAGGAGUGGCUCGGCCUACUCAGGUAUCUACUGGAGAAUCUCAAUUUGAUUCUCGUUUAAUGGGUCGGGUAUCAGUUAGUCGAAAUUUCAAUGAAGAUCAGCCAUAUGAAAGCUCAUUGUUUCGUUCUAGUGAAGCGAUUCAAUCAAUAUAUCGACCCCGUGGAACUAAAGGGGCAACUGGACUUGGUGGUUUGAAUGAUAAUGAUGAAGACAAUGAAAUGCGCAGAAUAACUGGUGAGAACCGAUUUGAAUCACAUGGAAAUGUAAAGAAUAGCUUUACUGGGUCUGAGUCUACUGAAGCAAAAGAAGGGCCAGUUGAGUUUGAAAAAGACUCUGAUCCUUUUGGAGUAAGCAAAAUGAUUAGAGAAGUGCAGGAGGAAAAAAUGAAAAAUAAAAGGCAAAAUUAA